AUGUGGAGGAAGGCGAACUCUGCAGACCAGCUCUGCUCACUUAGAAACAAGCCAGGCCUCUGCUAUCGGCAAUGCUCCUCUAAGAUGACAAAUGCAGUUGAAAGUCAGAACAACAUCACUGCUAAACUGGGGUUACUGGAAAGUGUCAUGUUUGCCACUCUGACUACAGUGCCAUACUGUGUGUUUUUCUUCAUUAAUGUGACCAUGUUAUUCACCUUGAGGAGUGAAACUGUGUUUCGUGAGACCUCACGUUAUGUUCUUCUGUUUAACCUCCUUUUUGCAGACACUGUACAGAUGGCUCUGAGUCAGUUAUCAUACCUACUGGCUGCAUGUACAAUAUGGUUGACAUAUCCUGUAUGUGGUGUUCUGACUAUGCUUGCCAAUCUCACAAAUUUAAUCUCUCUUUUCACACUGGUGGUGAUGUCUCUGGAAAGAUUUGUUGCUGUGUGCUACCCACUGAGACACUCUACCAUCAUCACCAUCAGAAACACAAAAGUGGCUAUAUUUGUGGUUUGGACCUUUAAUUCACUAAAUAUCCUCAUACAAGUUAUUUUACUGUCAGAUUUUCCAUUUGAAGACCUGGAAACACUGCAGAUGAAAGAUUUUUGUACCAGAGAAAGAAUGCUUCUGGGCCCCAUGUCUGUUGUUUAUCAUAAAACCUCAACCUAUUUUGUAUUUGUUUCAGUUGUUGUGGUAGUCACUUCCUCUUAUAUUGGUGUGAUAAUAGCAGCCAGGUCAGCUUCCACAAACAAAGCUUCUGCACAGAAGGCUCGUAACACACUGCUGCUGCAUCUGGUGCAAGUGGGCCUCAUGAUCCUCAGUUCAUUAUACAUCCCCGUUGCCAUAGCUAUCUCAAAGUUCCUGAACAGGUUGAUAUUUCUGCGCAUUGUGAAUGUUAUUUAUGUAUGCAUUGUCAUAUUUCCUAGGUGUCUGAGUUCUCUUAUCUAUGGCAUCAGGGACCAGACCAUCAGACCAGUCCUCAUAUGCCAUCUAUGCUGUGGACUGAAACUCUUAAUUGAUCCAGCCAAGGCUAAGUUCUCAACCUAA